GAUACUUUCAGAUCGGGAUCGGGAUUCUAUUUAAUAACUGUUGGGCAAAGUCGAAUGUGCUAGCCGGAGGUUUAUCUGACCGGCAUUUGACUUAAAGAGGGUCGCUUCAACAAAAAGACAGACAGAGAUGGAGAUUGCUGUUUUGCAUGCCAAGUCUGGCAAAAGUUUAGCAACUAUCACAAAUGUGACACCUAAAUCAACAGUGCUGGAUGUCAAAAAGGAAUAUCAGAGAAGUCAUCCAAAGUACUACCCAACAAGACAAGCUUUCAAAGUUGACCCAAAGGGGAAGAUGCUAAAAGAUGAAGAGACUUUGGGCAGUUUGGGAUUUUCUGGAAAGAAAGGUUCCUUGUACUUUAAAGACCUCGGUCCCCAAAUUGGUUGGACCACGGUAUUUAUGUCAGAAUACGCUGGUCCUUUAGCUAUCUACCUGAUCUUUUACACGAGACCUGCUCUGAUAUAUGGUGUAGCAGCUGCAUCAGAACCGAGAGCACAGGUUGUCAAUAUCGCGUGUGCUUGUUUCUCAUUUCACUACAUCAAGAGGCUGCUGGAGACAAUAUUCAUUCAUAGAUUUUCUAAUGCAACCAUGCCCAUUGCAAAUUUAUUCAAGAAUUGUUCUUACUACUGGGGAUUUGCAGGGCUGAUUUCUUACUUCAUUAAUCACCCAUUGUAUACUGUACCAGCAUUUGGAGAUAGACAGAUUUUUGGUGGCCUUGCUGGUUUCAUUAUUGGAGAGCUGGGAAAUUUCUCUAUCCACGUUGCCUUCAGAAACAUGAGACCAGUAGGAUCAAAGACUAGGAAAAUUCCUGUCCCAGACAGUAACCCCUUGACCCAAUUAUUUAACCUUGUGUCCUGUCCUAAUUACACCUAUGAAGCAAUUGCCUGGAUCAGUUUUAGUGUCAUGACCCAGUGUUUGCCAGCUGCAUUGUUCACAACUUGUGGAUUUUACCAGAUGGCAGUAUGGGCUCUAGGGAAACAUCGAAACUACAAAAAGGAAUUCAAGGACUACCCUCGUUCCCGAAAGAGCAUCGUUCCAUUCCUUCUUUGAUCGACAAACAAUGAACUAAAAGACUUUUGUGCUCAAUUUUGAUGCCCCCGCAACUUAGAUUAUGCAUGCAGAGUUGAUGAUUUGUCUGUCUGCUAUACAGUUUUCAAGCUAGGAAUUUUAUAUUGAGUGUGAUUUCAGGAAUAAGAUGUUUUUAUGAAGGGGGGGGGGGGGGGGGGGUAUGAAAAUGAUAGAUGCAUGGGGUAAUUGUUUGAUUGGUAAUUAUACAAAAAAUAACCCCAUGUUUCUACCACUUUAUAAUACAAACAAAAGUAGGCAUUUAUUUCUUAUGUUCAUGUUCUGAAAUUACUUGUGUCUUUUAGGUCAGUGUUUUGAUAAUAUAUACAUUGAAAAACCAUAGGUUUAUUGCUUAGAAAACAUUGGUAAAUUAAGAUUUUAUUACAGAUACAUGUAGUACAGUUGUGCAAAUUUUCAUGAUUUUGAUUUUCUGUAAAUUCUCACAAAUGACAGUUGAACUUGUCAUUUCUUUAAUCAUUUAUUGUACAUGAUUUGUCCACUUGUGAGUAAUUCUUCCUAUACAUUUUCUAGCUGUAGUUUCUAUCAAGUAGGAUAUUAGUACACACACAAAGGUAGCACAUAGUGUCAAAUUUGAUUUUGUUGGAAAUCUUCAUGAGUGAUAGGAUGUUGAACCGUUAUUUAUGGAACUCAUUUUACCAUGUACAUUUCAUUCAAAUUUUUUUUUUACCUGGCUCUAAAAAUCUUGAGCAUGUACUCCAUUUGAGUGUGAAAAUUAUUUUAUAAACGUUUUAUAACCUUCACUUUUGCGUAUUAGUACGAUUUAGAGCACGGCGUUUGAGUAUGAAAAGGUGCUCAAAAAUUUUCAUAACCUCCAGGCCUGCUGUUAACUCGAAAAAUUGGUAUGGAAAAACAACAAAACUUAGUUUGAUCUACGUAAUCAUGAUAAUGUGUUGUGGGAGCAUCAAACGUAACAUCCACAUUAAGUUGUCCUUCUUCUAAAUCUCUAAUAUAUUGUACACUCUAUUCAAGUUUGUAUUUUCAGAACUGCAGGGGUAUAUCAUCUUUGUGUAGCGUAUGUCUGGAAUUGUAAUGUCUCUUAUGAAUGGACAACAAUUUGCUAUUUAGAUAUGAUAACUUAAAAAUAUAUCAAAGCAUAAUUUGUAGUGUGAUAUGAAUAAAAUUAUGUGUUGUGUAACUAAGUGGACAUCA